AUGAGGGUGGGGGUGGGGACAAAGAAACUACAGUAUCACUGGGCCCUUGGAGCAAAGAAUUGCCCUCCUUUCCCUCUGGAAGUGGUGGGAUUCGGGACGGACCCUGACCUGCAGGUGGAUAUUAUCGCUGAGCUCGACCUCGUGAACACCACCGCUGGAGUCACUCAGGUGUCCGGACUGCACAAUGCCAGCAAGGCAUAUUUAUUUCAAGAAACAGAAAGAGAGAUCCAUGCAGCCCCUCAUGUGAGUGAGAAGUUAAUCCAGCUGUUCCGGAAUAAGAGCGAAUUCACCUUUUUGGCCACUGUACAGCAAAAGCCAUCGACUUCAGGAGUGAUCCUCUCCAUUCGAGAGCUAGAACACAGCUAUUUUGAACUAGAGAGCAGUGGUCUGAGGGAUGAGAUCCGAUAUCACUAUAUACAUAAUGGGAAACCCAGGACCGAGGCGCUUCCAUACCGGAUGGCAGAUGGACAGUGGCACAAGGUCGCUUUGUCAAUUAGUGCCUCUCAUCUCCUGCUCCACGUCGACUGCAACAGGAUUUAUGAACGUGUGAUAGACCCUCCUGAAACCAACCUUCCCCCAGGAAGCAAUGUAUGGCUUGGUCAACGCAAUCAAAAGCAUGGCUUAUUCAAAGGAAUCAUCCAAGAUGGGAAAAUCAUCUUUAUGCCAAAUGGAUACAUAACUCAAUGUCCGAACCUAAAUCGCACUUGUCCAACUUGCAGUGAUUUCUUAAGCCUGGUGCAAGGAAUAAUGGAUUUGCAAGAGCUUUUGGCCAAGAUGACUGCAAAAUUAAAUUACGCAGAGACGAGACUUAGUCAAUUAGAAAACUGUCAUUGUGAGAAGACGUGUCAAGUGAGUGGACUUCUCUAUAGAGACCAAGACUCCUGGGUUGAUGGCGAUCACUGCAGGAACUGCACAUGCAAAAGUGGUGCUGUCGAAUGUCGAAGGAUGUCCUGUCCCCCUCUCAAUUGCUCCCCAGACUCCCUCCCCGUGCACAUUGCUGGCCAGUGUUGUAAGGUCUGCCGACCAAAAUGUAUCUAUGGAGGAAAAGUCCUUGCAGAAGGCCAGCGGAUUUUAACUAAGAGCUGCCGUGAAUGCAGAGGUGGAGUUUUAGUAAAAAUUACAGACGCAUGCCCUCCUUUGAACUGCUCAGAAAAGGACCACAUUCUCCCAGAGAAUCAGUGCUGCAGUGUCUGUCGAGGUCAUAACUUUUGUGCAGAAGGACCUACAUGUGGUGAAAACUCAGAGUGUAAAAACUGGAAUACAAAAGCUACUUGUGAGUGCAAGAAUGGCUACAUUUCUGUCCAGGGAGACUCUGCCUACUGCGAAGAUAUUGAUGAAUGUGCAGCUAAGAUGCAUUACUGUCAUGCCAAUACUGUGUGUGUCAACUUGCCUGGGUUAUAUCGCUGUGACUGUAUCCCGGGAUACAUUCGCGUGGAUGACUUCUCCUGUACAGAGCAUGAUGAAUGCGGCAGCGGGCAGCACAACUGUGACGAGAAUGCCAUCUGCACCAACACUGUCCAGGGACACAGCUGCACCUGCAAACCGGGCUAUGUGGGAAAUGGGACCAUCUGCAGAGCUUUCUGCCAAGAGGGCUGCAGGUACGGUGGAACAUGUGUGUCUCCAAACAAAUGCGUCUGUCCUUCUGGAUUCACAGGAAGCCACUGUGAGAAAGAUAUUGAUGAAUGCACAGAGGGAAUCAUUGAGUGCCACAACCAUUCCCGCUGCGUUAACCUGCCAGGGUGGUACCACUGUGAGUGCAGAAGCGGUUUCCAUGACGAUGGGACCUAUUCACUGUCCGGGGAGUCCUGUAUUGACAUUGAUGAAUGUGCCUUAAGAACCCAUACCUGUUGGAAUGAUUCUGCCUGCAUCAACCUGGCUGGGGGUUUUGACUGCCUCUGUCCCUCUGGGCCCUCCUGCUCUGGUGACUGCCCUCAUGAAGGAGGACUGAAGCGCAAUGGACAAGUGUGGACCUUGAAAGAAGACAGGUGCUCUGUCUGUUCCUGCAAGGAUGGAAAGAUCUUCUGCCGACGGACAGCUUGUGAUUGCCAGAAUCCAAGCGUUGACCUUUUCUGUUGCCCAGAGUGUGACACCAGGGUCACAAGCCAAUGUUUAGAUCAAAAUGGACACAAGCUCUAUCGAAGUGGCGACAAUUGGACUCAUAGCUGCCAGCAGUGCCGGUGUCUGGAAGGAGAGGUAGACUGUUGGCCACUCACUUGCCCCAAUCUGAGCUGUGAGUACACAGCCAUGUUGGAAGGGGAGUGUUGUCCCCGCUGUGUCAGUGACCCCUGCCUGGCUGAUAACAUUGCCUACGACAUCAGAAAAACUUGUCUGGACAGCUAUGGCAUUUCAAGGCUGAGCGGCGCAGUGUGGACAAUGGCUGGAUCUCCCUGCACAACUUGCAAAUGCAAGAAUGGAAGUGUCUGCUGUUCUGUGGAUUUGGAGUGUCUUCAUAAUAAUUGA